ACUGCAAUUAUGUGCCGUUCCACUAAAAGCUUAACGUUUAGUUGUUCAAGUAGUCUGCCCAGCCGUCAGCGAGCAUUAAUUAGUUUCGUCUCCAUAAUGCCGAGGCCCACACCCUGGAAACCAUCCCUUACAGUGGCCGAACCGGACGUGCGUCUAUUCUCCAAGUGGCUGGCUUUAUUUAAUAAGUCAAUGAUGCCCUACACCCGGUGUAUGACCCGUUCUCCCAGCCGCUUCGCUUGUGCUAUUUUCAUUAUAUGGUGCAGCAGGCCGCCGAGGUAGCAACCGUCAUCAUGUUUGGAUCCGGGAAAAAAUCUGAUCUUUCCGACGAAAACAUCGAGACUGGAGCGGAUCAUAUUCAGUACGAUGAGCUUCAUGUGCCGUGUCCACCGCACACCACUGAGCGGAGGAUUGUGUCUCGCAUCGAUUGGCGACUGAUGCCCUUCGUCAUCAUCAUGUACCUGUUAGCGUUUCUGGACAGAGUCAACAUCGCCAACGCAAGGUCCUUCUCUUUGGCGACGGACUUGGAUCUUACCGGUACACAGUACAACACUGCAUUAACGAUGUUCUUCAUACCUUAUGUGUUCUUCGAAAUUCCUAGCAAUAUUUUGUUGAAACGACUUUCACCUAAGAUAUGGCUACCAGGUUGUAUGAUGGGUUUUGGAAUAGUCUCGGUUUGCCAGGGUUUGGUACAAAGCUAUUCUGGACUGUUGGCGACACGAUUCUUCCUGGGUCUGUUCGAGACCGGCAUGUUCCCGGGCUGUUUCUAUCUCCUUGGGAUGUGGUACAGGCGAGAAGAAGCCCAGAAGCGUUACAGUCUGUUCUUCUCGUCGACAAGUUUGGCCGGUGCCUUUGGUGGUCUUCUGGCCUCGGCGAUUGGCAAGAUGGAUGGGAUCCGUGGCUAUCAUGGAUGGCGCUGGAUUUUCAUCCUGGAAGGAUGCCUGACCGUCGUCGUCGCCUUCAUUUUCUUCUUCUUCUUCCCUUCAUUCCCCGAACAAGCUCACUGGCUCAAGGAGGAUGAGCGCGACUACGUAAAAGCCCGCCUGCAAGCAGACCAGGGCCGCAAUGCCGCCGAGCGCAAAGUCAGCUUCCGGGACGUCGCAUCCGUCAUGAAGGACUACCGCGUCUGGCUCGGAGGUUUUAUGUAUUUCGGUCUGAUCGUCCCGGCGUAUGGCUACGCCUUCUUCGCCCCGCAGAUCAUCAAGACGUACGGCUACGACGCGAUCAACACUCAGCUGCGAUCCGUGCCGCCCUGGGCCGCAUCGUUCUGCUUUUCGUUGAUCAUCGCGGCCUUCUCGGACUGGUUCCGGCAUCGAGCUCUCUUCGCCAUAAUCCCGCUCUUCCUCUCCAUCACCGGGUUCGGGAUACUGAUUUCUGUACACAACAACGUAAACCUCGAGUACGCUGCCUUGUUUCUCGUGGUGAUGGGCACCUACGGCGCCAUGCCCAUCAUCGUAUGUUGGUUCAACAUGAACCUUGGCGGGCACCAUCGGCGAUCCAUCGGCACGGCGUGGCAGGUCGGCUUUGGUAACAUCGGAGGUAUCAUUGCAACGUAUGCCUUCUUGGAUGCCGACGCGCCGUACUACAGGAAGGGAUACUCCAUUGCCAUUGCCUUCACCGCACUCAGUGGACUUACCUCGAUCGUGUACUUCAUCACUCUCAAGCUGGAGAACAAGAAGAAAGCCAAGUCUGUUAGGACUGUCGGCCUGUCAGACUACGAGAAAUCGGAGCUUGGUGACCUGAACCCAGACUUCCGAUAUAUGUAUUAGCUCGUGGAUGGACUUUGAUAGGAACGUUAGGAAGACGAAUUGAACCAACAAAGGUAUCGGCCGUUGCCGACAGUGACAUUUCGAUUUUGCAUUCCCAACCCUCCUGCCUCAAACGUGGAGAGUGCGCUGUUACAAGUUUUACCUCGCAGCUGGACCCCAAAAUCGACGCCCAGCACAAACUUUUA